GUUUCUCAACGAAGACCAUCCGUCUCCUCAACACCCAGUGGUGUCAGAUCCCUGAGAAGAACCCCAAGACUACAAGAGACGGAGGUCAGGCCGGUGGUCGAGGUCAUAUCGCCUGAGCGACCCAGAAGAGGAGAAGUCCUUUCAAGUACAUCUCUCUUUGAGGAGUCUGGAUCGACCAGCCCCGAACACUUCCAACGCCUGGUAGGAGACGAUUCAUACUGGCCACGGAGAACGACACACAUCUCCAGACAUACCCACGACGCUAUCCUUUUUGCCUUGGAAGCUAUCAGAAGAGGUAGUGGUGUCAAUGCGCAGCCCUUGACUCCAGAUCUGCUCGAAGAAGAGGCUCGAAUGUCAGAUUUGGUAAGGGGCAAUCCGCCCGGUACCACUGCUCGAGGACAGAAUGGGGGUGCACCACGCACAACCGCAGCUGGUGGUGCCGGGCCUAUAUCGACCGAACCACCUCGGUAUCGUACGCCUACCGAUGUCAUGCGAGAGCGAAGAGCACGGGAAGCUAGACGGGCAGAAGAGGCGGCUGCAAGACUACGGCAUGAAGACCAGAGAAGGACUGGACAAGAGGAGCAAGUUGUCGGCGUUGGGGAUGAUCAGAUGCCUCGAGCAACAGCACGAACAUCAAUCGGCAGACCACAGCCCACGCAGACCUACAACAUAAGCGGACCCACCGGUCCUGCACCUGGACCGUCGACUCGACGACAAGAGAAUGUUGCUCCCCCUCAGCCCGACCGUUCGAGGACCUCGCGGCCUGCGCAAAGUGGUGCCCGAGAUCCUGCCAUAUCACCAACGGCGCAGCGGAAUCGCACAGAAGCCUACGAGAAUCUGAAUAUCCCAGCCACGGCUAGACCUGCAGUACCACCUGAGCAGACUCAACGAACCUCUCAGCAGCCUCAGCAACCGAGGCCGCAGGCUGGUACGCAACCUCCUCCUCAAUCUGGUCCUCAAACCUCUGGCGCUGGUGGACGUAGCCGCUUUCCAAAUGCCUUUGAAAGAUGGGAAGACCUGUCUGCACACUGGGAAGGUAUUGUGUCGUCCUUUAUUCAUCGUAUGCAAAACAAUGCCGACGAACUUGCGGGAAAGUCAAUAGAACGCCAGAUGGCUCGUCAAAUUGAGGAUUUAUCCGCAGCUGGAGCAAAUCUGUUUCAUGCUGUGGUUGAAUUGCAACGUCUCAGAGCUUCUUCCGAACGGAAGUUUCAGCGCUGGUUCUUUGAGACGCGGCACGAGCAAGAACAAGGUCAAGAAAGACAGGCGGAGCUCGAGCGUCAGCUCCGGGCGGAAAGAGAAGCUCGGACGCAGAGCUCCACUUCUAUCGAAGCGGUCCGCGCGGAAAAGACCCGAACCGAAGAACUUCUCAAAGAGAUGCGACGAGAGCUGCAGAUCAGCAAGGAGGAAGCUCGAAGGGCUUGGGAAGAGCUAGGCAGACGAGAACAAGAGGAGCGAGAGCGGACCAUCGCUUUGCGAAGUGGCGAACCCACCCUUAUUGGCGGUGUACAGGUCGUUCCCAUGCAAGGCCUUCCAAGCCGACAAGUAAGCACAGCGCACCGACCACAAGCCAGAGAAGGGCCCACUGGCGGUGCAGGGCCGUCUACGAUGUCAGGUCAGCAACCUUCGAUGGCUCAACGACCACCUUCUCGGAGUCAGACGACAACAACCUCUCUUGAUUCUCCGGGUGAAGAAAGUCGGCAGUUCACAUAUCAAGCUGACACGGGGAACUCACCAACCGUCACCGAUCCUUUCACCGAGUCGCCUCAACAGCGAGAUCCACAAGGCCAACUACGUCGCUCACCAGACACACAGUUCUAUGCAACUCCUCCACGCCCAACGCAACCUCAAACCACUGCCGCCACCACCGCUGCCAGUCGUGCCGCAGAAAGUGGAGGUCCAUCAGCAGCCCCUCGAAGUGAACUCCGCUUCUAUCAAACCGCAACCACCAAUGUACCAAUGUCGGGAACUCUACCACCGCCAGUCCGUCAAGGCACAGGUGACACAGGACGGUCAUACAUGGCUUCCAGCGCCUCCGGUGCCUCCGAGGAGGAAUAUCACAUCAACCCCGACGGCAGCUACACCCGCGACACGCAGGGUCGACGGAUCCCAUACCACCAGCCGGUCGGCACCGGCCCGGGUCCUUCAGGGCUCUCCGCAGAGCUAAGCGACAUCGAAGGCGAAGAGGGCGAAUAUUCUGAAGAAGAUGACGACCACGCCGCCGACAUUGAAAGGGAGCGUAUGUACACUGCGCAAUACCGUCCACAGCAGCAACAGCAGCAACCACCCACGACAACGGCUGCGAAUAUCCCUCGGACAACGUCCGGCCCGCUGUCAAGUAUCCCGCAAGGUCGUCCCCCUGCGCCUCCGGCCGAGUACGAGGGUGAAGGGUACGAUGCGCCGCCCGUCGUCACGCAAGCGACGACAAACUGGGAGGAUUUGACUCGCCAUCGCCAUCCGACUAGGUUGAGCGAUAUUCUUGAGGAACAAGCAUCGCGCACGAGUCCGAGUCGGACAAGCUAUAUCAGCGGGUCGGGACCGUUGCCUGGGGACGGCUCUGGUGGUGCUGGAAGUUCGUUUGCCCGGCGGUGAUAGACAUGUUCUUCUCAAUCGUCAAUGUGUUGGCUUGUAAUAUGGAUGAGAAGAAUGUGUUGCCAAAGUUGACUCCCGGCGGAUGUGGAUCAAGCUUGAUUUAGGGAAUUGCACACUGUACAAAGGUUUGCAGGGAUGGGUUCUGCAAAUAUUCGGAAAGCCAGAAGGCAACGCAACGGUAUUCUGUCACACCAUUGAGAGUGUUGGCCGCAUUGGCACAUUCAACGGAUGUGGGCUCCAAAUUCGACAUACUAGAUCAAUCUGUCGAAGAUAGGGUGUUUUGAGUACGGAGUGUGUAUGUCGGAGAGCAAAAGGAAAACCGGUGUACCUUAUCAGGUAAUUUUCUGUGCCGUGUGUUAGAUUGUGUGAACUGUGAACAUAGCAAGCGAAGGCGCA